AGCAGAUGCAGAUGAGACGGGAAGAAGGAUGAACAUGUGAGGGAAAAGAGCAGACGCUGCGGAAAAGUAAAGCCUAAAUGAAGGAGUGGCUGCUGAUGACGGAGUAGACAGAGUUCAGCCCCCUCGCUCCUGGAGGAAAUAACCACAGUCAGACGAAACUGACAUGAUGUGGACAACAACUGUCCUGUUGCUGCUUUUGCCUCACCUGCUUUCCUCCACAGACACAGGAAACAGCACUCAUUUAAACCAAUCAGAAUUAGUCACUGAGGCCUUCCCUGACGAUCCUGCCAGAAACCAGAAACCUGUGGGAGGGGUUAAAGGUUGGAACACAUGCUCCAUCCCGUGUGACAUCACUGUCAAGUUGCUACGAGAUGAGAAACAUUCAAUCUGUGGCCAGUUACAGCAGUCUUUGUUGACGUUUGGACGCAGCACCCGGAAGCUGAUCAGAGAUGCGAUAGAGGAGCAGCAGAGGGCCCUUGACAUCCUCAGCAGUCAGGUCACAGAUCUGAUGACCAAAGUACAAACGCUCAGCUCUGAGGUUCAGAGAAGCAACACCGAGAUGUACUCCAUCAAACCUGUGCAGUCCCACGGACGGGACUGCAGCGACAUCAAAGACAACCUUGUAUCAGUAGUCCCCAAGAUCCCCAGUGGCAUUUAUAUCGUCCACCCAGAGAAUACCGACUCUUCAUUUGAGGUUUUCUGCGAGAUGGACUACAUGGGAGGGGGAUGGACGGUGAUGCAACGGAGGACGGAUGGAUUGACUGACUUCAAACGACCUUGGGCUGAUUAUGUUGAUGGCUUUGGAAACCUUGCAGGAGAACACUGGUUGGGUCUGAAGAAGGUAUUUUAUAUAACAAACCAGAAAGAUACUCGGUUCCAACUUCACAUCGCUCUGGUUUCCCUUGAUGACAUCACCUCUUAUGCAUCAUAUGAUGAUUUCAGCCUGGACAGCGAAACCGAGUUCUUCGGUAUACACCUGGGCAGAUAUGCGGGCAGCGCAGGCGAUGCAUUUCGAGGCUACGAGCAGAAGCAGAACCAGGACACAGCUCCUUUCAGCGCCUCGGAUGUGGACAACGACGGCUGUAAUCCUUUCUGCUCCAUGGACAACCGCACGGUGGAGAGCUGCAGCACUCAGCACAACCAGACGGGUUGGUGGUUCAACCAGUGUGGUCUGGCAAACCUCAAUGGCUCUCCUGCAGAUGCAGAGCAGAACAGGGGCCAAAGGACGCACAUCUUGUGGGACACAUGGAGACAUAACGGAGUCCCUCACCCCAUCAAAUCCGUCACCAUGAAACUCAGGAGGAUUGUAACCAAUAAUUGACGAUUGAAGAGGAGGAGGUGGAGGAGAAGGAAAAACAGAGAGGGAAAGGAAGAAAGCAUAUAUUGUAUGAGUUGCACUGCAUCUUUGAACAACCUAAAGUUUCAAUAAAACAGGAUUGAAGGAUGAAA